UUGAAUAGGAAAACCAGAAUGUGUCUUAAGUAGCAAGCUUAUUGACAACUAUUUUCAAGGUAUACUGUUCAUAUAUUACCAUUUCCAGACAACAGGCAUUUGUGAUCCCUCACUUAAAAAUGAGGUGGAUAUUAAUCAUUUUCCUUGGAAGCUCAUUGGCUCUCUCUACCUCUGGCUGGACGUAUCAUCCCUACAAUAAGCGCAUGAACUGGACCCAGGCCCGGCAGUGGUGCCAGAGCACCUACACUGACAUGGUGGUGCUCCAGAACCAGAGAGAGAACGACUAUCUAGUGUCCACGCUGCCAAACAGAACCAGCAGUCCAUAUUAUUGGAUUGGAGUCACCAAAAAACACAUGAAUGAACCCUGGACGUGGAUUGGGAAUAACAGCACGUGGGUUGGUAAUAAUUCAUGGGCAGCAAACGAGCCGAACAACAACCACAUCACCGAGUUCUGCGUGGAGAUCUACGUGAACACAGGACCGAACCGAGGGAAGUGGAAUGAUGAGAAAUGCAGCUCUCCGAAAUACCCUGUUUGUUAUGAAGCUCAGUGUAAUGAAACUUCAUGUGAAAGAGGAAGAUGCCACGAGACCAUAAACAACAUGACCUGCCUGUGUGAGCCCGGCUUUGAGGGAGACAGGUGCCAGACAGGUGAGGGGUCAGCUCUCACCAACAACUACACUGUCCAAUGCCCCCCUCUGCCUCGGCCUGAUAACGGAUACCUCAGUUGCUUUGGAGGAAACCUCACAUUCAACUCAACGUGCCGAUAUGGAUGCAACCUAGGCUUCCUGAUUUUAGGAUCGCCAGAAGUGACUUGUGAGGUCACCGGGGUGUGGAGCGGCCCAAGACCUACUUGUGCAUACUACAAGCAGGCCCUCCUGGCUGUAGCUGGGAGCGCGGCGCUGUCAGUCCUCUGCUGCCUCUGCUUCUGCUGGAUGAAACGCAGAAAAAGAAAGAAACUUGCCCAACUAAGGCAGCGUGAGGAAGUGACAAGUCCGUUCUCUGAGGGACAAACAUGAAGGACAACUGGGACCUCAUUUAUGUCUUAAUAAAAUAUAUACUGACUAGGAAUAAAGUUAAUUGGAUUCUUUUGAGUAAAUUAUUAACAUUUAAUGUAAGCAGUCACCGGCUGUAAGCAUUUUUUCCUGAUAUAUUGUAUGUUAAAGCUUCAUUGGGUUAUUCUGUAGGGAUAAAUGUAAGUGUGUAUUUGUGUGUACAUGAUUUAUUUUUUCUCA